AUGUAUCAACUCAUUCUCAGUGCGCUCACUCUCCCCCUUGGCUUCCUGACCAAUACUCCCCAAACCAGCUUGACAAGCACCAAAACCAUUGCACAUUGCAAAUCCUCUCCUCAGAGCAUCACCUGGCCAUCACACGAUGACUGGAGUGCCCUGAACAGAUCAAUAGGCGGAUGUCUGAUCCGCACGGCUCCCGCAGCAUCGUCAUGCUACAAGGGUAACCCGUUCAAUUCGCCUCAUAAUUGCUCCGAAGUCAUGGAGCAUUGGAAGUUCGGGGCAUACCAUGCUCAUUGGCCCGAGAGUAUCAGUUACUCUAUUUUUACCAACAAUUCGUGUGUGCCCCCGGGGAAUAAUGGGUACGAUGAGAGACGGGGGUGUAGUAUUGGGGCGUUGCCUCGGUAUAUUGUGAAUGCCACGGAGGAGGAUCAGAUUGCAAAGGCUAUGGCUUGGGCGUCCGAGAGAGAUAUCCGAAUUGUGAUCAAGUCGACGGGGCAUGAUUUCAAUGGCCGCGCCACGGGAGCAUAUUCCCUGCUGAUCUGGACUCAUAACUUCCAAAAUAUUGAGCACAGACCCGAUUGGCGAAUUCCCGGCAGCAAAGACACUGCAGAUGUGCUGAUCUGUGGUGGGGGUACCAUCUGGGCGUCUGCUUAUGAAGCUGCGUAUAAGGCAAAGAGAACCCUGGUUGGCAGUGAAGAUGUCACUGUUGGUCUCGGAGGUCAGAUAUCCAACGGAGGCCAUGGGAUCUUAUCUAUUCACCACGGCUUGUCCUCCGAUCAGGUCCUGCAAGCGACGAUCAUCACCAGCGAGGGACGUCGUCUGGUCGCCAAUGAUGAGCAAAACCAGGAUAUCUUCUGGGCUGUCCGGGGUGCUGGGGGUGGCCAGUUUGGAGUCGUGACUGAGUACGUGCUGAGUACACAUCCCUUACCGGAGAACGUGGUCAGCAGUGCUGUCACAUUCUGGUCUCGUGAUGACUCGGAGAUGAUGGAAGACGCACUCUGGGCCGGCUUUGCAGAGUUUGUCUCGCGCCUGCCAGACCUUGUAGACUCGGGCAUCACUGGCACUGUGGAUUCAAUGUCGGGCAGGAUGGCCUUGAAAUACCUGCCUAUUCCUCGAAAUAUCUCUGGUCCAGCCGUGACCGCCAAAUUCGUCGCCUUUAACACGACAGUGGGCAGUAUGCGUCACAAGCUCAGAAGACUGGUCACACAGCUUCAUAACGCCAGUGGUGGCAAUUUGAGUCUGACCGUGACUGAGCCCUUCUCCGAGACAUUUUGGAUGUACAGCAAGCCCAGACUUGCAAGUAGCCCUUUUGCAGGGGCGUCUCGGUUCUACACCGGAAGACUUCUGGGAAGGGCUGAGCUUUCGGACCUGCCACGGGAGAGAUUAAACCAUCAUCUCCGUCGGAUGUUUGUUGCCGAAGAUCCAGAGGAAGGAACCUUGCUCCGUUUCGAUAUUCAAGCUGGACCAGGAACAGCCAAAGUCCCCAAGGAACGAUGGGCAAGUGAGAACUGGUCCUGGCGGACCGCUUACUCUCUGACCAUGGCAUGGGGCGCAAAGAUCAAUUCUACCGAGGACCCGAGCUCAGCACUACAAGCGGCCAGCGAUUGGUAUGAGAAAAACAAAGAGCCUGCUUGGAGAGACUGGGCUCCCGCGGCUGGUGCGUAUAUGAACGCUGCUAAUGGGUACAGCACUACGUGGAAGCAUGACUUUUACGGUGACAAGUAUGAGAAGCUUCUUGAGAUCAAGCAGAAAUAUGAUCCGAAAGAAAGUCUGUGGGUCGUCGGUGGCGUAGGCAGUGACAAGUGGAAUUAUGAUUUACACAGUGGUUUGCUAUGUCGUGUGGAUGAAGAAUGA